AUGCCAGAGGAAGAUGAAGCGAAAGAUGCCGUACUGCCCAAGAUCCCACAACUGACCAUGGAGACAAACAUUAGCGAGUGGUGUAGUACUGUAGACGAGGAUCUACACCCAAACUACCUAAACUUUAUAGUUGACGUUUCGAUCCCUCACCCAAAACUAUCCGACCCAGAUUACAAGAAUUGGUAUCAGUGGUCGACCACUGUUUAUCGGCUGUUAUAUUCGAGCAUGGAUGAGGAUGUCCAGAAUAUGAUUGACAAGUUGUCUAACCAACCUGAGGUUCUUCUUACGUGUUGGCUUUUCAACGCUGUUAAAACGAUGGCAAGCAACCGCACUGCCAUUCAAGCCGCCAAUCAGUGGCGCAAAUGGUACGCCCUCCACCGAUCCAACUACCCAUCGGCCGCAGCCUACAUCAUCGCGUACCGAACACAAUAUGACAUCGUACGCAAGCUCGAUCAGGCUCCUAGCUUUUUUAUCUCCCUUUGGGCUCUGCUGCAGGAACUGAGAAAUGAGCUUCCAGAAGCCAGAUGCGCCAUUGAAUAUCUGGCCUUGCACAAAAGUCCAGAGAGCAUCGACUAUGAUACUUUUGCGGCGCACUGCCACCAUAUGGUUACCAAGUCUAACAAGCCCGAUCUUGCAUUCAACAACAACCUCCCGGGCAGAGAUACCCCUCGCCCGCGCGGUUUUGAGCUUCCGAACCAUCGAAGUGCCAAGUCAUGGGUCAAAGAAUGGCGCCACCACAAACCUCAGCGGGAGUGCCAUGGAUGGUGCUCCUUUUGUGGCAUUGAUCGGCACCGCUGUCGCCGAUGUCCGUAUCUAAAGAAGAAUCCGCAUGUCGGAUUUUCGCUGCAGCCCGGGAUCCGGUGUUAUUCGUAA